AAGGCCUGGGGCUAAAGCCGAUUGGUAUGUCAGCAAAAUCUGUCACUGGCUUUAGUGAUUCAAAAGGCAGACACAUUCUUUCAUCUCUGUUAAUCCUCAUCUGAUACAGAGGAUUUUCCUGCCAUUAAAUCUGGAGAAAGAAAAAUAAGCACUCAAACCUGCACAAGCCACUAUUCCUCUUCACCCCUCGCUCCCGUCCCCGCGACCCCACCUCCACUUCUCUCUCAGACCAUUUUUAGCCUCUGUGGCUGCCUGACUUGGGAGAUGGAUGGGCUGGGGGAGCGGAGGGGUGCCUUAGAGGAGCAGGACCAGGCAGACUCCCAGGACGGUAGGGAUCCCAUGGCUGGGUGGUCCUAAGCCGCCGGGUGUAUGAAGGGCCAAGGGAUGCUGGUCCUGCUUCUGCAUGCGGUGGUCCUUGGCCUGCCCAGCGCCCAGGCCAUGGGGGCCUGCGCGCGCGCCUGCCCGUCCGCCUGCGCCUGCAGCACCAUGGAGCGCGGCUGCUCUGUGCGUUGCGACCGCGCCGGACUCCUGCGGGUGCCGGCCGAGUUCCCGUGCGAAGCGGUCUCCAUCGACCUGGACCGGAACGGCCUGCGCUUCCUGGGCGAGCGGGCCUUCGGCACAUUGCCGUCCCUGCGCCGCCUGUCGCUGCGCCACAACAACCUGUCCUUCAUCACGCCUGGCGCCUUCAAGGGUCUGCCACGUCUGGCCGAGCUGCGCCUGGCGCACAACGGCGAUCUGCGCUACCUGCACGCGCGCACCUUCGUGGCGCUCGGCCGCCUGCGCCGCCUGGACUUGGCCGCCUGCCGCCUCUUCAGCGUGCCCGAGCGGCUACUGGCCGAGCUGCCGGCCCUGCGCGAGCUCUCGGCCUUCGACAACCUGUUCCGCCGCGUGCCGGGCGCGCUGCGCGGCCUGACCAACCUGACGCACGCGCACCUGGAACGCGGCCGCAUCGAGGCGGUCGCCUCCAGCUCGCUGCAGGGCCUGCGUCGCCUGCGCUCGCUCAGCCUGCAGGCCAACCGCGUCCGUGUCGUGCACGCCGGCGCCUUCGGGGACUGCAGCGUCCUGGAGCACCUGCUGCUCAACGACAAUUUGCUGGCCGAGCUCCCGGCUGAUGCCUUCCGCGGCCUGCGGCGCCUGCGCACACUCAACCUGGGUGGCAACGCGCUGGACCACGUGGUGCGCGCCUGGUUCGCCGACCUGGCCGAGCUUGAGCUGCUCUACCUAGAUCGCAACAGCAUCGCCUUCGUGGAGGAGGGCGCCUUCCAGAACCUCUCGGGCCUCCUUGCCCUGCACCUCAAUGGCAACCGCCUCACCGUGCUCGCCUGGGCCGCCUUCCAGCCUGGCUUCUUCUUGGGCCACCUCUUCCUCUUCCGCAACCCGUGGUGCUGUGACUGCCGCCUGGAGUGGCUGCGGGACUGGAUGGAGGGCUCCGGGCGUGUCACCGACGUGCCAUGCACCUCUCCGGGCUCCGUGGCCGGUCUGGACCUCAGCCAGGUGGCCUUUGGGCGCUCCUCCGAUGGCCUCUGUGUGGACCCCGAAGAGCUGAACCUCACCACGUCCAGUCCAGGCCCGUCCCCAGAGCCAGUGGCCACCACUGUGAGCAGGUUCAGCAGCCUCCUCUCCAAGCUGCUGGCUCCUAGGGUCCCGGUGGAAGAGAUGGCCAACACCACUGGGGGGCUGGCCAACGCCUCCCUGUCCGACAGCCUCUCCUCCCGUGGGGUGGGAGGAGUGGGCCGGCAGCCGGGGUUUCUCCUAGCCUCUUGUCUCCUGCUCAGCGUGGUCCAGCACGUGGUGUUUGGCCUACAGAUGGACUGACCUGGCCAGAGGGAGAAAGUUUGCUUAACUAGGCUUGAGGGUGUUUGUGGUAAGGGAGAGGGGUGGGGGGCAGAGGUGAAAAUCCCAGUGGAGGAUGGAAGAAGCAGAUUGCCUCCAGAGAUGGCCCCAGGGAGAACACAGGGACGUGCCACUCCAGAGGGGAGGAUGGUAUGGAUUUCUGCUCUUGUCACACGGGCGUCCAUUGGAAAAGAGAAGCAAGAAUUAACAUGGGUCCUCACGUGAGAAGACUAGGAAUCCGAAGCUUCUAGGGCUUCAUACCCCCUCCCCUCCCCUUCCCCCAUCUUCCAGGCAACAGUGCCUGCAAGGCCUGAAUUAGAGAGACAUCCACUGGCUGAGUAGUUAAGAGCCGGGCCAAUUCUCCUGGCGGGGUAACUCUUUAUACUCAAGUCCUUUGUUUUCGACCACAAUCCUCCUCCUCCUCUCCAGGGGCCUGGGGACACUAGGAUUCAGGAAGGUGGGCAGGACUUGAGAGAAGGGAGAUGGGAAAGAGACUUAAGACAAGGGGCGGCGGUGGUUCUUGCGGUCUGAGAUGUAUUGGGAGGCGUUUAAAACAAAGAUCCAGUUCAUUUACUCCACAGUUAUUCCCAGGGGUGGCCCCAGCCACAAAGGAACUUUAGGGGAAGGGUAGGGGAAAAAGGGGCAGCAGGGGGUGUUUGUGGACAAAUAAAUUUGUAAAAUCCGAGGAUUAAAAAAAAAAAAGGUUAAACCGGUUUCUCCAGUGCUGGACUUUUCAGAGUCUUUCAUAUGCUAACAUGCAUUGUGAAUCUCCCAGGAGGCCACACAAUCCUUUUUUCUUAGGGUUUUGUGGGAAGAAUGUCCGGAAGACACAGGGAUUGGGGCAGGGAGGCUCCAGCUUGGAUGAUUCCAUUAGGUGUGGAAAUCAUUAUGGGCUGCACACUUCAGGGCUGACUAAUGGCCAAGAGGGAAGGAGGCAGCCAGUAGCUGGGAAAGGGGAUUUUGAGCUUUCUCAGGUUGGGGGUUGGCCAACUGUAUUCCCCCUGACUGCAAGGGCAAAGGCCAGCCAGGCCUGCAGCGAGCAUGCGUGGCCUCUGGGUGUGCUGUGCCUGAGGGCGGGGCUACCAAAUCCCACCUAGGGGCCCUACCAAACCCAGCUUUUUUCAGGGCUGCAGUGGAAACGAAUGGCGUUUGACUGUUUUGUCCGCCUCAGGAUCAGCAGCUCGUUUAGCAUAGGCUCCAAGAAUAAGGCUUUGCAGGCUGAAUUGCAAAUGCGGGUUCUGCUGGCCUGCCUUGCCCGCAGAACCGUCCUGAGCUGGUCACAACAGGCACGGAUUCCUGCCAGACUAUGAGGCAGUCAAGUCAAGAAAAGUGCAUAUGCUGCUCACCACUUACCCAAGAACCCAAGCUGUUCACUACACGAGUGCUAUGACUGCAUUUGUCAACAUUCUGGAAACUGUAAUCUUUUUAAUGUCCUCUCUAUUUGAAGAGAUGGGUUUUGAAAAUCAACACGAAGGCCGGCACAGUGGCUCACCCCUGUAAUCUCAGCACUUUGAGAGGCUGAGG